UUAUGGAUGUUGCACAUACUAUAAUACAAAAUCGCAAAUCAAUCAAUAAGGAAAGAACAAGGGGAAGAGUAGAAAUAAAGGUGAAGAGAUCCAUAGAAGAGAAGAAUGAAGAUCACCGACUGCUAGAAGCUUAAGAUAGCCAUAAAUAAGCAAAGGAAACAUCAGCCAAAAAGCACCACUUGUCACCAGCUGGAAAGAGGGCUUUGGCCUUCCAGAAGAAAAUUGUGGAGUAAAUCUUUAGCCUUCCUUCUCUCCUCUUCCAGCUUACACAACUGUGGAGCGUUACAGGAAUUCUGUUUAAGAGCAGCGGAAAUUGUGAGAUUUGUUGAUCAAGUGAAUGGAAGGAUUGCGAGUUGAUUGAAUGUAGGUUGAAAAGUUAUUGUGGGUUGCAUUUUCAUCAGCUUUCCAGGAUGUCUAUGUUCUAACACAAUUUUAAGUAAAAAUCAACGUUAAGAAAUUAGCAAGAUGCCUCGUAAGGGAAAUUAUCGAGUUGAUUAUGAAGAUGACUAUGAUGCGUAUGAAGAUUAUGAGUACUAUGACAACGAGAAUGACUAUGAUGAUGGUUACAAUGCCAAGGAAAAUGGUGUAGUGCCUGAGACUAAGGAAAUACAAGAAGCAGCGAAGAUUGGGAUUUGGCGCUGUCCAAUAUGUACAUAUGAUAAUGAAGAUGAUAUGUCUGCAUGUGAAAUAUGUGGGGUCCUUCGUAAUCCACUGGUUAAGGGCCAUAAUAAGAGUAGUUCUGGCCCAGUUGGUGGCAUAUGCAAAGACUCUGCAGUAUCCAUAAUGGCCAAGUCUCUUUUUGCAUCAUUGCCGCAACACAAACCCAAAAAGGCCGUAGUCUUUGAAGCAAUGAAUGGUGCUCUUUUGAAAGGGGAACCUGGAAAUAUACUUGGGGACUUUCAUGAUUUCCAUAGGGCUUUUAGCUCUCAAAACAAAUACAAGUUUAAUAUAGCCCCUUAUAAGUUUGAUGGUCCAUCUCCAGAUGACUUGGUGUCAGUGGAAUGCGUUCCUCCACACUGGGUUCUAAAGCCAAUUUUAAGACUUCUUCAUCGCCAGAUGUUUCUAGAAAAGAAAAAGAGCUUAAGAUUGAAAUGUCAAUCUUCGAAGUCUGGAAGUGCAAAAAAUGCCAAUCGUGCAAGAGCUUUGGCAAGUGCACCAUUUAAACCUGAGAAAUGGAUGCUUCCUGACCAGAUUGAAGAUAAAUUGAGUCAACUAAAUCUCGCAAUUGUCGGCCACGUUGAUUCUGGAAAGUCCACACUCUCAGGAAGACUGCUGCAUCUUUUAGGGCGUAUAUCCCAGAAGGAAUUUCACAAAUAUGAGAGAGAGGCCAAACAACUGGGAAAAGGGUCCUUUGCUUAUGCAUGGGCAUUAGAUGAGAGUGCUGAAGAAAGAGAAAGGGGGAUAACUAUGACUGUAGCUGUUGCAUUCUUCGAUACCAAAAAAUAUCACAUUGUUCUACUUGACUCACCUGGCCACAAAGACUUUGUUCCAAACAUGAUAUCUGGGGCAACACAGGCUGAUGCUGAUCUUGUUAUUGAUGCUUCAGUGGGUGCAUUUGAAGCAGGAAUGGAUGCUUCUGGAGGGCAAACAAGGGAGCACACACAACUGAUUAGAAGCUUUGGCGCAGAUCAGAUUAUAGUUGCAGUUAACAAAAUGGAUGCUGUGGAAUACUCCAGGGAGAGAUUUGAUAUUAUUAAGCAGAAGCUGGGUGUAUUUCUUCGCUCCUGCAGUUUCAAGGAAUCUUCUAUAUUGUGGAUUCCCAUGAGUGCCAUGGAAAACCAAAAUUUGGUUGAUGUUCCUUCUGAUACACGAUUAUCCUGGUACCAGGGACUUUGUCUGUUGGAUGCAAUAGAUUCUCUCCAGCCUCCUGUUAGGGACUCAAAGCCUCUACUUCUGCCAAUUUGUGAUGUUAUAAAGUCACAAUCACAAGGACAACUGUCUGUAGUGGGCAAAGUGGAGAAUGGAGCUCUUCGUUCUGGAUACAAGGUUUUAGUUAUGCCAUCUGGAGAAAUAGCAACAGUGCGUUCUUUGGAACGGGACAACCAUGUCUGCAACAUUGCGAGAGCUGGAGAUAAUGUGACAGUCAGUCUGCAAGGUGUUGAUCCGAAUCGAGUGACAGCUGGUGUGUUGUGUCACCCUGAUUUCCCUGUUGCAGUUUCUAAGCAUUUCGAAUUAAAGAUUGUUGUGCUGGAUGUUACAACUCCAAUUCUGAUUGGUUCUCAGUUGGAAUUUCACAUACAUCACACAAAGGAGGUAGCUAGAGUUGUCAAGAUUUUGUCCCUGCUUGACCCAAAGACUGGAAAGGUGUCAAAGAAGUCGCCAAGAUGUCUGUUAUCGAAGCAGAAUGCUGUAAUUGAGGUGGCUCUGGAAGAGCAGGUCUGCGUUGAAGAAUACUCGAGAUGUAAAGCCUUAGGAAGGGUAUCCCUUAGAGCAUCAGGGAGAACGAUAGCGCUUGGUGUUGUCACUAAGAUUGUACAAAAUGAGCAGUAGUUUCAUUGCAAAUACAAAGGAAUUUUUGCAUGUCGGCCAGAGCCCACGCCCGAAUGAAUAGCUGCUGACUGCCAGCAUCUCUAGCCUGAAACCCAUGGUGUAGUGCAGAGUUAGCACCCUGUAUUGGGUAUUCUUCACUGUACAUUAUUAUUGCUGAUCCAAUUUUGGUAAAUUUGCUAGUCACACCCCCGUUGUCUACCCUCUUGUUUUUUUUUCCUCUCUCUUUCUUUUCCCUGAAUACAAGCAACAUACACACAAAAUUUUUU